AAACAUUUUGGACCUGUUUGGCAGGUGAAAUGGUGUGCAACAGAUGAUCCACAUUAUCCGCGAUUUUGUUCAGCUGGUGGUGAUGGAAAAGUGAUGAGAUGGACUUGCAUUAAAGGUGAAUUACGUCAAGUGUUGAUACUUGAUUUGCCUAGUGCAACGAAACCAACACGUCUCGAAGAUGGAACAUUGUUGGCACUACCAGGACCAGCUAUUGCACUUGAUUUUCAUCGUCUACGAAAAGAAUUAUUUCUGGUUGGAACAGAGGAUGGAAAAAUAUAUAAAGCCACAGUAAAUGAUCCGGGAAUAAUAGAAACACAAUUUGAUGCUCAUGAUUUUGCUGUUCAAUGCCUAAUGAGAUUCGACUUAUGUACAUCGCUACAAGAUAUCGGAUGGUCACCACAUACCUCAACAACAUUUGCGACGUGUGGUGCAGAUGGAAAAGUUUAUGUAUUUGAUAUUUAUUCAAGUAAAUUGGAACCCAUUUGUGAACAAUUAUUAGCCAGUCAAACAGAUAAAAUGUGUACGAAAAUUGUAUUUAAUAGAGUACAUCCAAUUUUACUAGUUGGAGAUGAAAGUGGAUGGUGUAUUUGUUUAAAACUCUCACCAAAUUUAAGACGAAAGGCUAAAACUAGCAAAGGAGUCGAUUUACAACUGGGCGAUGAUGCUGAAUUUAACAAAUUAGUCCAAGUACUGGCACGUACAGUUGCAGGUGAAGCAAAAACCGAUAUUUUAACAUCGCAAACUGCCGAUGUAGAAGAAUAA